AUGAAAUUUUCUACAGCUGCUUUAACAUUAUCUUUGUUUGCCAUUGUCAAUUCUUCAGUUACAACAUAUGGAGCUGGUUUUAGUGGCGAUGAUGACGACAAUUCAAAACAUCAUAAAUAUGAUUGUGAAAUCGAUACUUUUGAUUGGAAAUUUGCUUUGGCAGUCAAAGAAUGGAAACAUUGUCAAGAUAAAAAAUUCUGUCAAGAUACCGAUUUGGAUUUGGUUUAUGAAGGUGAUGAUGGUCAGUUAUACCAUGGUUGUGACGGGACUUAUCCAUAUUCCAAAUGUAAACAUUGUACCAAUGUUUUCACCGGUGAUGAUGAUGAUGAUGCUAAUUGUGAUGAUGAUUGCAAGAAAAAAAAGAAAAAAGUUUAUUAUGCCAAACGUGGUGACGAUGAUGAUGAUGAUAAUUGUGAUGAUGACUGUAAAUAUCCAUACUGUGAAAUCCACAACACUGAUUGUGACUUGCUUAUUACCUUAUGUGGAGGUGUCUUGAAAGAUGAAAAACAUGCUACUGGAGAAAUUGUUGCUAAUCAUCAAUUCCAAUUUGAUAAACCACCACAAAAAGAUGCCUUACACAAGGAAGGAUUUUCUAUUGUUCAUACUGAAGGAACUUAUUAUUUAGCUCUUGAUCAUAAAAUUGAUUUCUGGCAUUGUAAAGUUGAUGACAAAGGAUUAUACAAGAUUUAUGAUAAAUCUAUUGGUGAACAAUGUUCUAAAAUCAAACUUAUUGUAUUGAAAUCAGAUGAAAGAGCCACUUUUUCAGAUGACAAUGAUGAUUGUGAUGACGAUUGCAAAAACAAAAAGAAACAACAUGAUUAA